AUGGAUACACAUGCUCGGGAAUUUAUGGAAUUCCAUCACACCCUGGACGGUGUAAUGAAGAGUAUAGACAGACGGGGAAUAGGUGUUAUUAAACGUCAAGCUGAACCAUACACAGAUGAUGAUGAAAACAAAUUGUGGGAUAAGGUUUUUUCCAUAGAGUCUGCUACAAAUUUGAGUUAUGCGGUCUACUUUUAUGUGUGUAAAGUGUUCGCUCUCAGAGCCGUCGACGAACAUAGUAACCUUACAGCCGAACAGUUCGUACAAGGAUCAGACAAUCAAGCUGACUAUAUUGAAUUUAAUGGUAUACCGUGUAAAAAUAAUCAAGGACUGUAUUACUCGCGGAAAAUUCCGUAUAAAAAUGUGCGCCAAUACGGUGAUCCUUCCAACACGCGUUGUGUUCAGUUAUUGAAACGUUAUUUGCAAUGUAUUCCACCGAAAGGUCCCUUCUACCGACGUCCACUGACGUCCAGCGGAGGGCUCAAAUUUUCUAAACAGAAGAUUGGAGUUACUGCGGCGACUUCGUUGUAUGAAAAAGGCUUUGAUGAGCAACUAAUCAAAGAACGCACCGGUCACAGAUCGGAUGAUGGGUUGAGAACAUAUAAACGAACAAGUCGUAACAAAAUCGUAUCUGAUGCUCUCCAACCCCCAGUACCGAAAGCAAAGUACUUCAGCCAUCGUAAUUGA